GAAAAGUGAUUAACCGAAUGAAAAAUGAUUAUUCGAGGAAAUUCAUUCAACAAGGUACGAGAAUCAUUAAUCCUCUUAAUUAUCCGUCCAAGAUAUUUCAGUUCAUUUCAGGUUAACACAUAGCUCUUUGUCAAGCCGCACCCAUAUAGCAUGACUAUUGAAUGGACUUUCCCAUGGACGAUCUAAUGAAUCAAUCUCUUAAAGAGAGAUGAUUAAAAAACGGCGAUGCUUUCAAUAAUUUUAGGCUCGGAAAAGAAAAAGUAAAAAACGAAAAGUACAAAAUCGAUGGAAAUUAAAUCGAAGAAAAAUAAAAACGACGGAAUUGAAAUUACAAUUGAUAUAGCCAAAUCAGGGAUGAAAAACCAUGAUAAAGUGUAAGAAUUGGGAGGUUAAGUUUUUGGAUAGUAGAGAGGUUAGCCCAUUCCAAUACGUAAGUUAAUUAGACAUCCAUAAGUAAGUAAGUAAGUAAGUAAAUAAGCAUACUAUACUAUACUAUAGGCAGAUGAGUAUAAUAGUGUUGGUGAGUCUUGGCGUGGUCGGAAAGUCGGAUCGAUUGUUUCGCGUCGACGUCGGAACUCUCCGCCCUAUGGUGGUCGAGCUAACCGAGGAUUGGUCGAAUUAUCGCUAACCGGAGGCGUUACCAAAUCAUGAAGGACGAUCACGCGAGAAAGUCGACACGCCUCCAACUCCAAGCAGGGAAGGACGAUUGGAUCUACGAAGGUGAAAAGCGGCGCAGUCGACAAUCUGCUCCUGCACGGAGACCCUCGUUCGUCUCCUUUUCUUGGAUCGUUCGUGUCUCCGAUAAGAAAUAUUCGAAAAACGCAAAAGGUUGCGAAAAAUCGUUUGUUCGUGAGAUAAAAAGGGAAAGAAAAAGAAAAAAAAGAUUAAGAGAGUAAAAGAUAAAAAGGAGGAUUUUUUGGAACGAAACAAAACAAAAAAAAAAAAAAAACCUGGACGAUCAUGUGUCCCGCCCGAUUGAAUUUCUUUUGAUAAAAGAUAACACCGAGAAUAGGAAAGAGACGGGAUUAAAUUUAAGAAUGCGGUGAUCGAAUUCAUUGGAAAAAACGGAGAAGCCCUCCGGGGCUUCUUAAAGGAUUUCUGGGAAGGAGCCCGGACCGAGUCAGGCCGGUCCCGGUGCAAAGAUGUUGGUGCCGGCUGAGAUGCUGGCUGCUCAGUCGAAGAUGGUUUACCAGAUCAACAAGUACUUCGGAGAACGCGUAAUGGGUAGGAAGAGUCAAGUGGCAAAAACGAUUCAGGAAGUUUGCAGGGUUGUACAGGAUGUACUUAAAGAAGUCGAAGUACAGGAGCCACGUUUCAUCUCUUCUCUUACGGAUUACAACGGUCGAUUCGAUGGUUUAGAUGUGAUCUCACCUACUGAAUUCGAAAUCGUCAUCUAUCUCAAUCAAAUGGGUGUAUUAAACUUCGUCGAUGACGGUACGUUGCCUGGAUGUGCGGUGUUGAAACUCAGCGACGGUAGAAAGAGAUCGAUGUCACUUUGGGUAGAGUUCAUUACGGCAAGCGGAUAUCUAUCUGCCAGAAAGAUUCGAUCGAGGUUUCAAACGUUGGUUGCCCAAGCUUGCGACAAGUGUGCCUACAGGGACUCGGUCAAAAUGAUUGCAGACACAACGGAAGUUAAGUUACGGAUACGCGAGAGAUAUAUCGUACAAAUCACGCCCGCGUUUAAGUGCGCCGGACUCUGGCCAAGAUCGGCCUCCCAUUGGCCAAUCGCACAUAUACCAUGGCCGCAUCCAAAUAUCGUCGCGGAAGUUAAAGCAGAGGGUUUCGAUAUGCUCUCGAAGGAAUGUAUCGGACUUCAGGGAAAACAGUCGGCCAUGGAGGGCGAUGCCUGGGCGUUGUCCUUCAUCGAUGCUGAGAAUCGAUUACUCCAAGGUGCUAGCAGAAAACGAUGUUUGAGUAUUCUUAAGACCCUUAGGGAUCGACACCUUGAUUUACCCGGCAAUCCUGUCACCAGUUAUCACAUGAAGACAUUGUUACUUUACGAAUGUGAAAAGCAUCCUCAUGAGGCCGAAUGGGAUGAGGCCUGUUUAGGCGAUCGGAUCAAUGGCAUUUUCUUACAACUUAUUUCCUGUCUCCAAUGUCGAAGAUGUCCGCAUUACUUCCUACCUAACCUUGAUCUCUUCAAAGGGAAAUCACCUAGUGGCUUAGAGAACGCAGCUAAACAAGUCUGGAGACUAACAAGAGAAUUACUAACGAAUAGCCGAGCAUUGGAGAAGCUCUAGUUUACAAAAAGAAAAGAAAAGAAAAAGAGAAAAACAAGAAAAAGUGUUCGAUCGUAAAUACAAUGUUAAAACGAUCGAUUGAUUCCUCGAAUCGAAAUUGAACGCUAGUUUCUUAUUCACUUAGCGUUCUCAUCUUUUGGAGAUAUCAACGAUAAACGGAAAAGAAAUAAAAAUGUAUCCAGUGAUUUUUGUGAUCGUGCGACGAACGGCUCGCGCGUACGAAUUAGUGCCAUAAUUGUCUACGUUGACGUUCUAUUUUAAAAAAGUAAUUCGUUCCUUUCCUUUCAACGUACUUACUUCCUCUUUUAUCUACUCGAGCGGAGAAGCUGCCGUCGCUCAGAUGGAUCGCGUUUUCUCGUCUCUUUAAAAAGAAACGCGGAUUGACCCUUUAUCGUUCGCGAUCAUGAUCUAUAAGAAACUCAAUAGGACAGUGAAAAUGAGUGUGUCUAUUGAUGAAAAAGAAAAUAGAAAAUACGACGAAUUUUCAUGCUGUCAAAUUGUUAGACGACACAAAGGGUUAAUCGUUUUUCAUCGACUGUCUUGUUUCCCGCCGCUAUGUAAAUAAUAUUUGAAAAAUAUUUAUUAAACUGUGUAACGAAAUGUAAAAUACAGUACCUAUUUAUACGAAAC